AUGGAGAAAUCCGAAAGCUCUGAUGAAUAUACAACUAACAGCCCCAGUGAAAGUUCCGAGGAAGAAAGUUGCGACGAAGAUGUCAAAACAAACGAGGUUUCUGACAAGUUAAAUUGCAGCGACAAUUGCAACGAAGAUGUCAAAACAAACGAGGUUUCUGACAAAUUGGAGGACAGCGACAAUUGCGACGAAGAUGUCAAAACAAACGAGGUUUCUGACAAAUUGCAAGACAGCGACAAUUGCGACGAAGAUGUCAAAACAAACGAGGUUUCUGACAAGUUAAAUGGCAGCGACAAUUGCAACGAAGAUGUCAAAACAAACGAGGUUUCUGACAAAUUGGAGGACAGCGACAAUUGCGACGAAGAUGUCAAAACAAACGAGAUUUCUGACAAAUUGGAGGACAGCGACAAUUGCGACGAAGAUGUCAAAACAAACGAGGUUUCUGACAAAUUUGAAGACAGCGACAAUUGCGACGAAGAUGUCAAAACAAACGAGGUUUCUGACAAAUUGGAGGACAGCGACAAUUGCGAGAGUCAGAGUUCGACCGGGACAGACAAUGAAGAUGAACAGGAAAGCGAAACUUCCACCAAAAAAUUGCAGAAGAAAAAAAAGAAGAAAAAAACAAAGCAAAAUGUACAUUUUGAAGAAAAACCAAGUGAAACGCCUGUGGAAUCAGGAGGAUGUUUAAGUCGUUUGUUUUGGUGCUGUUUUGGAACAAGCAAGGACAGUGGGGAAAAACCGGCAAAGAACGAUGGCGUCGUGACAACUCAGCCAAGUUCCAUGAUGAUUGAAAAAGUAGAAUUGUUUCAAGACAUCCCGCUGGAAGAUGACUCCGACGAGCACGACACAAAUGUAGAAGUGGAAAAGUCGUAUUCUGCAGCGUGUAUCAAACCUAAGGCUAUUGUUGGAUUCGAUAUGUUAGGGGGAGCCCCCAUGCCAGGAUUGGGCAAUAUCGAAUUGAAAGCUACUGGCAAGAAACUAAACGAAGAUGACGAAACGGCACAUGAGAAGGUUUAUGAAGUCAAGAAAUCCACUGAGCCAGAAUAUGCCGUGCCAAAGCCGAAAGCGAUGGUUGGCGCCGUUCCGAUGCUUGCCCCUGUCAAUAUACUUGCAGGACUUCCAGCCACAGGACUAUCGAAUAUUAAACUAAAGAAGACUGCGGCUAGUGCAGUCUCUGUAGCGCCAUCUGCGACCACACAAAGCACACCUGAUGAUUCACAUGACAUGCAAUCGAAAUCCAAGCCUAUGCCAAAAGCUACACAAGGUGGCGUAGACAAUAUUUUGAUGAAGAAUAUUUAUAAAUCAAUAUCAGAUGAAGACAUUGACUGGAAACAGCUGACCCAAGACACCCACAAUACAACGCACACCAGACCAUUGAAUAAUCAAGACAGAAUGGACAAAAAUUACCCUUCGAGCUUGGAAACAGUAUAUUUAACGAUAGAUGCCAUAUCAACACAGAUGGCGACGUCCG